AUGUCGUCCGCAUUCCUUAAACUGAAAGGGAUUGCGCUUUUUCGAGUGAAAGACAACGAUAUACACAAUGCUUGGUUACCCGAGCUCCGUUCCCUUCUGAAGAUUGUGAUGGUGACGAUCGUAUUCUUUAUCGUCGUCAAGUGGGGAGAUGGUUCAGUAGGCUAUCCUACUACAGGUUAUCCAGGUUACGAGAGUCAGGAACAACGAUAUCCUGAACCGGCUCCGUUCAAUGUACAACCAGGAUAUUCCGGUUUGAAUCCGAGCAGUUCGGCUCGGCCAACUAUCGGAGCACCGGGUAUUCGGCCCACAUACAGGGAUUUGCAUCCAAAUGAAACAGAAUACAACUCUCCACCCGGCUAUGAUCAACAGAACGCCUAUACCCGGCUCAUCAAACGCAACAUCAAAGCCGCAAGUCUGCAAAAUCGCUCACAACCGGUUCCCGUCGCUGACUUCGAUCUGCCCGAACGUGGUUUGAUUGUCUUCGGUCUUGAAGAUAGUAAUGAAGAAGAUCAGGAAAGCGAAAAUGCUGCUCAUAUCAUCCUGAAGGAUCGAACGGCGAAGACCUGUUUCACAACGAACAAAAUGCUGAUGACAUCCACGAUCUGUUUGACGUUACUGGUGGCGUUGAUCGUAUCAUUGUCGUUGAUCGUCUACAAACAACGUCGACUCAUCUUACAAACCACCUACCUGAAACAUUGA